AUUUUGUGUAUUCUUUUCAUAGAAUAAAUUUAUAAACAAUGCAAAGUUCAUCUUCAAGAGUGCUCUUAUUGCGUCGUACCUCUUGUCUAUCCUUGACUUCAUUGUCUGGUGCGCGGGGUAAAACCAGAUGUGAGGGAAAACAAAGUCACUUAUAUCAAAGAGCUCAAAAUAGAAAGUUCACUAGGUAUGCAUCAGUCAGGAUCAUUUUACCACACCGUUCCAUAAGAUGUAUCCACAGUUCCAGCUAUACUCUAGAGAAAAGUGGUAGUCUGCCUCCUUCAGAUGGUAGUUCCAAUGGCGAUGGUGGAAAAUCUAGUGGUGGUGGUGGAGGAGGAAAGGGAAAUCAAUUGUGUUGCCCUAAGUGUGGAGAGCCGUGCACUCAUGUCGAAACAUUUGUCUCUUCGACGAGAUUUGUAAAGUGUGAAAAAUGCCAUCAUUUUUUUGUGGUACUUUCAGAACUUGAUUCUAAACGAUCUAUGUUCUCUGAAAAAGGACAUCAAGAUGCAGAAUCAAGUAAUCAAUCAAUAUCUCCAAAAGCUCCUCCCCCUCCCAGAAAGAUUUAUGGAUAUUUAUCGAAAUACGUUGUCGGUCAGGAAGUUGCAAAAAAAGUUUUAUCUGUUGCUGUAUAUAACCAUUACAAACGCUUAAAUGUUAACCUGCCACAAGAUGAAGGAGCAGCUGUAGAAAAAGAUGUUGUGCAACCACCAAGUGGCAAUAACGUGAAAGUGAAAUCAGCAAAGGAUUUUUUGCAGCUACACACCAGUAUGCAUCCGCUUGGCGCUGGUUCGGUAAAUUCAAAUGACAAGCAGAAGGAAUCUAAUGAUGUUCCCCGUGGAAGCGAGUUUUUGGAUUCGCCUUCUGAAUCUAUGAAAAUUGACAAAAGCAACAUUUUACUUCUUGGUCCCACAGGGUCUGGUAAAACAUUAUUGGCACAAACUAUUGCAAGAUGUCUUGAUGUACCAUUUGCAAUAUGCGAUUGUACCUCACUUACCCAAGCUGGGUAUGUUGGUGAAGAUAUCGAGUCUGUGAUUACAAAAUUAUUGCAAGAUGCGAAUUACAAUGUUGAUAGAGCACAGCAAGGUAUUGUAUUCUUGGAUGAGGUUGAUAAAAUUAGUUGUGUCACCGGCUUCCAUCAAGUGCGUGAUGUAGGUGGCGAGGGUGUCCAACAGGGACUGUUGAAAAUAUUAGAAGGCACUGUUGUUAAUGUUCCUGAGCGCACAUCACGAAAAAUGAGAGGUGAAAGUGUGCCAGUGGAUACAUCAAAUAUUCUUUUUGUUGCUUCCGGUGCAUUUAAUGGUUUGGACAACAUUGUAAGGAAGAGACGACAGGACAAGGUACUCGGAUUUGGACCACCGAAGAGUAAGGAAUUGCGUAAUGUUCAAUACGACUUGAAAGAAAUGACUAAGGCAGAGUCCCACGACGAUUUGCUUGAAAAAGACGAACUUUUGUCCAAGAUUGAAGCACAAGAUCUUAUUGAAUUUGGAAUGAUUCCUGAGUUUGUUGGACGUUUGCCUGUUUUAGUAUCCAUCAAUUCUUUAAGUGAAGAGUCGCUGAUUCGCAUCUUAACAGAACCAAGAAAUGCUCUUAUACCACAAUAUCAACACUUAUUCAAGAUGGACAAUGUUGACUUGCAGUUUUCACAAGAAGCAUUAAAAAUGAUAGCUAAAGUAGCAAAAGAACGUAGAACUGGAGCCCGUGGACUCAAAGCUAUAAUGGAAAAAAUCUUACUUGAACCCAUGUUUGAUGUUCCUGGAUCCGACGUAACGGCUGUUUACAUCAGCGAAGAUGUUGUGACUGGCAAAAAGAAAGCGGAAUAUGUGACUGGUCCGAUCGAAACUACUGUUAGCCCUGCUGACGAAGAGGACAACAACAGUGAGGACGUCAAUGUGACAAGUUCAAGCUACUGAACAUUUUUGUUUAAAUAUACAAUAUACCUAAACUAUAGUAGUAGAAAUAUUUAUACCUCGGUUUUGUGUUCUAUAAUGUUUAGAUUUUCAUGCAAAGUGUAAUACAAAUGAGUUCAUUGGAAGUGUGUUGCUGAUAAUACAAACGUUGACACUUCUGUGGAGUUUAAACAGACAUUAAAAUAGGCCAGGGAAAAAGCUGCAUCUAGUUUGACACGAAAGCAUUGCAUGGGUAAAAUAGCAUGCUGUAAAUUUAGAUUUGUUGAUACACUUGCAAUCAAUUUUCGCCGUUAACUAAGUCAUGCUUAAAGAGUGAGUUUUGGUGAUUUUCGAUUGUUUUCUUUUUUUUAAAAUAAAUUCCAGGUGAAACAAUAGAAAUUUGAAAGUUAGACCUUCACUUUAAGUGAAACUUGUGAUUCUGCCAUUGUUUUUAGCUAGGCUGAAAUAAAAUUAGUUCAAAGGCUAGCCACGAAUUUUCUUUUUAAACAACGACAGAAGGUGUUAGCUAUGAAAUACGUGAACAAUUUUCUUUGGGUACAAAAUAGAUUGGUCAACUCGCCUGCUGGAUUAGGUUCCAGUACCAAAUCAAAGGGUGAAAAUUUUCGUUGUAAAUAUUUUGUGGGAAACCCUUGUCAGGCCUCUAGCAAAAUCCCCCAAAUUGUAUAAAAUUAAAAAUAGCACAACUUAACAUAAAUUCUGGGGAAAGUUUUUAGGAGAACUAAUCAAUUAAAAAUUAGUGAAGACCUAGCGUAAUUUUUUUAAUACUUUUUUUCGAUUGAUAACAAGGAGAGAGAUUCUAUUAGGAGAGAGCAUCUUAUUAUUUAGGCAUUAUUUUACCUCGAGAAUUAAAAAAUAUAUAAUCUCUUUAAUAAUAGCCGCCAGUCUGUUUGUAAGCGAGAAAAAAGUCGUGUUAUGGAAACCCGAAAUGCUAUAUAUAAAGGACGGACGAACCCGUGGAUUUAUCAACGGGUCCACCAACUAAUAAUGUUACAGUUUGUAAAUUGUAUUAUUUUUAUGAUUAUUUGUGUGUAUUAUUUGCAUCUGUGAGCCUCAAUAAUAUUGAGUAUGUGUUUCAUUAUAUAGUUUACAUUCAUAAGUAGUUGGUGUUGUUGCGAUAUUGCUUUUGCAGUAUUAAAAUUCGUCCUUUUGUAAAAAUAUUUUCUUUUUCAAAUGUUCCGACGGUAUUAUAAAAUAACGAAAGAUUGUGUUUAGUUUUCGAUUCUUUGUAUUUUAUUAAAGCAUGUAUUUUACAGCUUUGCUGAUGUGAAUAAUUUUUCAUUAUUUCAUAUUGUAUGUGCAUUAA